AUGAAGGUUUAUCAGAGUGCACCAACUCCUGACCCAGCAAGGAUCGUAUCUCCAACUGUCCAACAUUCCGAGCGCGCAAGCCUCUCUCCAUCGUCCAGCGGUUCACCAGACACUGUAGUCGCGCAUACGACCGCAUCAUUUAUCACAAAUCUAGCAGCAUCUACCGCGACACCGUCAGCCAUGACUAUGCCCAGCUAUCUUCCUACCGCCCAUGACUUCAGGCCGACUCAAGCCUCGGGAUCAGCAUACAACUCGAACAUGUAUGACGUCCCUCGAUAUGCCCUCCCAGUGUUCCCAUCUCCUACCGUGUGCGUCAAGAUCCGGCGCCUGCCGCUCAAUACCACAGAGGAGAGCCUGAGACUCAUGGCCUUUUUCUCACAAGAACUCGUUGAUGCAGAGGUACUUCCUGUGGAACAAUCAGAAGACGCCGGGUUCUGCUCAGCUCACAUGCGAUUCCGAUCAAUGGAGGGAGCACAGCAGGCCAAAACUAUGCUUGAUGGCCGUUUGAACAUCUCCAACGAUGCCAAGAUGGUUGUCGAGAUUAAGUCUGAUACCUCCCCAUUCUCACAGCGAUAUUCCACAGAUCCCUUGUCGGCGAACAAUUCGGGCUCACCAGCUUCGGCUGCGUCAGCAUCAUCUGUAAUUGGGUCAGGUCAGGCUUCAAGAUUCAAUGGUGGUUACCACGCGCUUGACAACCUCUCCCCCCAGACAAGCCACGCUUACACCGGGCACGAACUUCCCAGACCAAUUUCGAAUGUUGAUAUCAGAGACAUGUUCUCUCCGCAGUCUCCCAUCGGCGCCCACCUAGAUAACCCUGGUAGGAUGAGCGGAAAGGACCUCAUCGCUCAUGACUCUGCUGCAGAUGACGAAACGAGCAAUCUUUUGAGCGACCCCCUAGCAUAUGCUGACAUCAACAACACGGCUCCUCAGCGCAGAGCCACAGCGCCUCAAAUUCCCAUCAGCAAUAUGGCUUCGCUGUCACUGAACACGAACAACAUGCCACCACUAGGUCCCUCAUCUUUACCUCAAUUCAGCAACAACAUGCCGGCCCAGUCAGGCCCAAUGUCUCCCUUGGAUAAGGGCUCCAUGAAUCGUUUCCAACAAGGCUUCCACCGACAAAACAUUCCUGCAGCUAACCCAGCCGACCAGAACCCGCCCUGCAAUACCCUCUAUGUUGGUAACCUUCCCGGCGACGCGUCCGAGGAGGAACUCAAGACCCUCUUUUCGAAUGCACGUGGUUACAAACGCCUCUGUUUCCGAACCAAACAAAACGGGCCCAUGUGUUUUGUUGAGUUCGACGACGUUUCGUGCGCUACAAAGGCACUCAGCGACUUCUACGGGACGCCGUUACACAACAGCACGAAAGGCGGAAUUCGUCUCAGCUUCUCUAAAAACCCACUUGGUGUCCGGUCUGGCCAGACCCCUUCACACAACAAUUCCAACGCGAUGGGUGGACAAGCACACAUGUCAGGCUCCACGAGUGGUUUCGGGUCGGCAAACAGGCCACCUCCUGGACUUUCUGCGCCUCCGGGGCUCGGAACUGGUCGCUCUUAUCCCUACAUGAACCCAGGCCACAGUAACGGCGCAUUGGAUUCCGUUGCAAGCUACGGCUGGAAUACACCAGCGUACAGUGAACACAAUGACUCCAGAAGAAGAAGGCCUAUGUUUUCUGGAAACCCUAAUCCUCGCUACAACAAUUACAUGUUUGGGAAAUGA